AUGAUGACGUCACAAGCCGAUCAAUCUGACCAGAAAACAGGCGUAUCAGAGAAAGCAGAUAAGCCAGCGCCAGCGACGUUCGCGGACAAGCUAGAGGCGUUCAGCCAGGAGAAGUUCGCGUCGUUCCGAGCCGCCGUGAGCAGCCCGAACCUGCUCACGCCGGAAAAGCCGGUCGACACUCCCGAGGAGCAGGAGGCCAAGGUGAAGGCGUUGCGGGAAGCCAUCGGUCCGCUGGCGGGGCGCGCGAAGCUGUUCUGCACGGACGCGUGCCUGCGGCGCUACUUGCGCGCGCGCGGCUGGAAUGUGCCCAAGGCGGAGAAGAUGCUCCGCGACACGCUCCGCUGGCGACACGUGUACCGACCAGAAGAGAUCACGUGGGAGGACGUGGCGGAAGAGGCGGCGACAGGCAAGGUGUACCGCACGGAAUUCCUGGACAAGCAGGGCCGCGCCGUCAUUGUCAUGUCCGCCGGUCGCCAGAACACGGCGGGGCAUGCGGGGCAGGUGCGGCACCUGGUGUACGCGCUGGAGAACGCCAUCAACCACCUGCCAGCGGGCACGGCGCACAGCCGCAUGGUGUGGUUCAUCGACUUCCGCGGCUGGACGCUGCGCAAGGCGCCGCCCCUCAAGACGUCAAGGGAGGUGCUCUCCAUCCUGCAGAACCACUACCCCGAGCGCCUCGGCCAGGCUGUGGUCUACGACCCCCCGCCCGUCUUUGAGACGUUCUGGAAG